AUGCCGGUCUUCUGCACGUUAGCGCGGGCAAUUGCGAGCGAACUUUCUUGGAGAUUUCUUGUGGCUACCGUUGUUGAAGCACCAGAACCCUCUGCCAAGCCCACAACGAGUCAAAACCGCACUCCACAGCGGCGAAAAGGCCCUUCGCUGUUUCUCAAGCUGGGGCUGCUGGUCAGUUCGCUCGUGAUAGCGUUUGUGGCCGUUGAACUCGGCCUGCGACUGUUUGUGCCUGUGACGGGUGCUCCUUAUUACUUCUGGGAUCCGGUCGUUGGGCCCCGUCGCCAGCCGAAUACUGCGGGCCGUUACAUCAGCGGCAACCAUAUUAAUACGGAAUAUCACUUCAAUUCGCAGGGUUGGAAUCAUCCGGCCGACUACACCAUCGCCAAACCAGACGACACCCUGCGGGUGUGCAUCGUGGGCGAUUCGUUUGUCGAAGCCCUGCAAGUCAACGCCGACCAGGCGAUGUCGGCCGUGGCCGAAAAGAAGAUGAGUCGAGAGGAUCGCCCCGUCCAGUGGUACCCCUUCGGCAUCUCCGGUUGGGGGACCACCCAAGAGCUAGAAGUCAUUCGCCACUAUGUGAUGGACUACAAGCCCGACAUGGUGGUGAUGCUGUUCGUGGAGAACGAUCCCUUCGAUAGCUCGCCGUAUCUGGGACCGAUCGAACCGUACAUCACCACCUACACCCUCGACGACAACGACGAACUCGAGCUGCUUCCGCCGGGCUAUUGGAACCGUACCGGCUUGAAACGCGCGGCCGUGGAAUCGGCACUGGUGCGCUAUCUCAUGCUGCAAAAGGGCUGGGUGCUGCGACCCGGGGAAAGCGAAGCGGAAGAAGCAGGCAUCCAACGUCGCGCGGGCGCAUUCGCCGGCGGGGGCCACGAUGUGGCCGGUAUCGAAGACAUGACGGAUGAAGAACGUCAGCAGAAGACGUGGUUGCUGAUCGAGAAGACCCUCGAGGCCACCCGGGAUCUCUGCGAGGAGAACGGGGCCCAGUUCGUGCUGGCCUACCGUGGCAACUUGCCGAAGAUCGAAGCUGCGGCCAAGGGCGAAACUUACGAGCCGGCCCCCAAGGAAGACGAUCCUUACAACCUCGGCUCGCGACUCUUCGAAAUGGGCGAGGACCAACUGGCCCCCAUCGCCGAAGAGCUGCACAUCCCGUUCAUCGACCUGACCGACACGUUGAUCGAGAAGGUGGCCAAGACCGGCCAAUCGUCGGUGUUCCCGGUCGACACGCACUACAACGCCCUCUCUCACCAGGCCGUCGGCGAAGCACAGCCAAUGACGACUCAGCCGAAAGAACUCACCAACACCGCGGUUCUCGAUACAAACCAGACAACGGAUACGCGCACGCUGGGCGGCGACCACGCUGGUCGACCCACGGUGCUGAACAUCUCGCAGAACUACUUUGUGCGGGGCGGGUCCGAUCGCUACUUCUUCGUGAUGAGCGAUCUCCUCGAGAAGCAUGGUCAUCGCGUCAUCCCGUUCGCCGCGAAGCAAUCCCAGGACGAUGCGACCGAGUGGGCGAAGUAUUUCCCGCAGGGGAUUAACUUCCAAUCGCCCAAGCCAAUGGACCUCGCACGCUUCAUCUACUCGCCCCGCGCGGCGAAAGCGAUGGACCGACUGCUGUUGGAUCAUUCGGUGGACAUCGCGCACUUACAGAUUUACUACGGGCAACUCACCGCCUCGAUCUUGGGUCCGCUUCGUCAGGCAGGCGUGCCCAUCGUGCAGACGAUUCACGAUUUCAAGCUAGUCUGCCCCGUGUACUCGCUGAUGUCGCACGGAAAGAUUUGCGAGGCUUGCCAGGGCAAACACUUCUGGAAGGGAAUCGUUCAUCGCUGCAACCGCGGGUCGUUGGCCCGAUCGGUGCUGAGCGUGGCCGAAUCGUACGCCUCGCGGUGGUUGGGCGUGGUGAACGACAUCGAUCGGUUCAUCUCUGUCAGUGGGUUCCAACGCGACAAGCUGGUCGAACUGGGAGUGCCGGCCGAGAAGAUCACGGUCGUGCACAACUUCAUCGAUGUCGACCCCAACGAACCGGAGCCGACCCCGGGCGAGUACAUCUUGUAUUUCGGCCGCAUCGAACGUCUCAAGGGCAUCUACACCCUGCUCGAUGCCGCCAAGAGGGCCCCGGAGGUGAAGCUGAUUCUCGUCGGCGAGGGCGAUGCCUACGACGAGGCCGGAGAGAUCAUCCACGAACUGAGCCUGAACAACGUCGAGCUGCGUGGCUUUGCCAAAGGCGAGGAACUCAAGCAGCUCAUUCGCGGCAGCUUGGCCACGGUGUUGCCUUCGGAAGGUUACGACAACUGCCCCAUGGCGGUGCUCGAAUCGUUGGGCAUGGGCAAGGCCGUGAUCGGAUCGCGGAUUGGUGGCAUUCCCGAACUGGUCGACGACACCAACGACGGCUUCCUGGUCACACCCGGCGACGGCGAAGACCUGGCCGACCGUAUGAACUGGAUGUGGAACCAUCGCUCAGAAGUUCACGACAUGGGACUUCACGGGCGGGCCAAGGUCAUCAGCCGGUUCAAUUCAGAAAUUCAUUAUCAACGAGUUGCCGACGUGUACCGCACGGUACUGCAGGCUUUCCGGAUGCCCCGAUGUAAGCAGCUCAGCAUUUUGGGUACGCGCGGCAUUCCCGCGGCCCAUGGUGGGUUUGAGACCUUCGCCGAGCGGCUGGCCCUGUAUAUGGCCGAGCGCGGUUCGGAGGUCACCGUUUACUGCCAAGGCUCUGGCGACAGUACUCCCGGCGAACGUAUGUGGGAAGGGGUGCGCCUGGUGAAUGUGCCUGUGGGGCGUGACGACGCGGUGGGGACGAUCAUCUUCGAUUGGCAUUCCACCCGAUUGGCCGUGCGUGAAGGUGGAACGUUGCUGACGCUGGGAUAUAACACUGGCCUGUUCGCGGCUCUGCCCCGGCUUCGUCGUCGGGUGAACCUGAUCAACAUGGACGGCCUGGAGUGGAAGCGGCGUAAAUGGCGGUUCCCGGAGAAGGCGUGGCUGUAUCUGAACGAGCGGUUCGCCAGUUGGUGGGGCACGCAUCUCGUGGCCGAUCAUCCCGAGAUCAAGAACCAUCUGCUUACCCGGGCCCCCUUCGAAAAGAUCACCGUGAUCCCUUACGGGGCCGAUCGGGUGACCGAAGCCAACCCGCGCCGGCUGACGAGCUUGGGGCUGGAACCAAACUCGUACGCCGCGGUUAUCGCUCGGGCCGAACCGGAGAACUCGCUGCUGGAAAUCGUGGAGGCUUUCUCCGCCCGCCCGCGAGGCAUUCGCCUGGUGGUGCUCGGUACCUUGCGCCCCGAGCAGAACCAGUAUCAUCGCCAAGUGAUUGGGGCGGCCUCCUCGGAAGUGCUCUUCCCGGGGGCCAUUUACGAUCGCGAAGUGAUCGACGCUCUGCGGCUGCAUUGCCGGUUGUUCAUUCACGGGCACACCGUCGGGGGCACGAACCCCACGCUGGUCGAAGCUCUGGGAGCCGGCUCGCCCGUGCUCGCGCACGACAAUCGUUUCAACCGCUGGGUCGCAGGCGAUGCUGCCCGAUACUUUGUCGAUACGGAGCAGUGCACGGCCCAACUCGAUCGUCUGCUGGACGAUCAAACCAUUCUCGAUCGGAUGAGAGCCGCCGCACGCGCCCGCCACGCCGAGCAAUUCACCUGGGAGCGCAUCCUGCAGGAGUACGACAACCUGCUCGGCAUGUGGAGCCAUCCCGACAACCAAAUCCCCGCCGACGAACCGGCGGAGGCCGUCGAGCCCGGCGAGUUGCUGACGACUUCAUAA